AUGGCUACCGCCCAAGGCAAGCACGAGGUCGACUCGGACCAUGUCGAGCAGCCGACCGACGCCGUCGAUGUUCUCGUGCACCAGCGCGGAGUGGCCGCCCUUGAGGUGGUCCAGCAACUCGAGCCCAUCAAGAAGAGCAGCAAGAGGAUGAUACAGCUGUACAUCAUCUGCGGCUUCAUGUUUCUCGGCUCGACCAUGGGAGGCUUCGACGGCGCCCUCAUGGGCAACAUGCUCGCCAUGCCCUCCUUCCAGGACCAGUUUGGGGCCACCAUUGUUGGCGUCAAGACGGCCUACAUCUCGAGCAUGUACUCCAUCGGCUCUGUGUGCGCCCUGCCGUUUGUCGGGCCGGCCACCGACACAUGGGGCCGCCGCGUUGGCAUCGUCAUCGGGUGCGUCUUCGUCAUCAUAGGCGUCAUCAUCCAAGUGACCUCGCACAACCUCCCGCAGUACCUGGCCGGGCGCUUCUUCCUCGGCUUCGGCGCCUGCAUCGCCAACGUUGCCUGCCCGUCGUACGUGGUCGAGUUCGCACACCCCGCCUACCGCGGCGUCAUCACCGGCCUGUACAACUGCGGCUACUACCUCGGCGCCGUCCUGGCCGCGGCGGUGCUGCGCGGCUGCGCCGGCCUCACGGGCAACGCCUCGUGGCUGAUCCCGACCUACCUCCAGCUCAUGUUCCCGGCCAUGCUGAUCCCGGCAUGCUUCUUCUCUCCCGAGUCCCCGCGUUGGCUGUACGUGCACGGCAAGCUGACCCAGUGCCGCGACAUUCUGGUCAAGUACCACGGCAACGACAACCCCGACUCGCUGUACGUGCAGCUCCAGCUGCGCGAAUUCGAAGACGAGCUGGAGAUGGACGGCGCCGACAAGCGCUGGUGGGACUACCGGUGUCUCUUCAACUCCCGCGCGGCCGUGUACCGCGCCAUCCUCUGCGCCGUGGCCGUGUCCGCCUUCAGUCAGUGGACCGGCCAGGGCGGCGUGUCCUACUUUUUGCCGGGCAUGCUGCAGACGACGGGCAUCACGGACGCGACGACAGUGCUAGACAUCAACCUCGGCAUCACCAUCGCCGGCGGCGUGGCCUCGUGCACGGGCGCCACCCUCAUGGACCGCUUCGGCCGCCGCAAGAUGCUCAUCACUUGCUGUAUCGCCCUGGCGCUGCUCUGGGGUGGCAUGAUUGGCGGCACCGGUGCUUUCACGACCUCGGGCAACACGGCGGCGGCGAGGGCGUCCAUCUCGUUCAUCUUCCUCAUCAACAUCGUCUUCUCGUGCGCCUACACCCCGCUGCAGGCUCUAUACCCGGUCGAGGUGCUGUCGUUUGAGCAGCGCGCCAAGGGCAUGGCCCUGCAGAACAUUGCCGGCAACGCGGCCGGCCUGGUCAACCAGUUUGCCCUGCCCAUCGCCCUGGAGAAGAUUGCGUGGAAGACGUACUUCAUCUACCUGGCGACGUGCUCGUGCGAGGCGGUCUACUACUUCUUCCUCAUGGUGGAGACCAAGGGCCACACGCUCGAGGAGCUCAACGAGAUCUUCAAGGCGCCCAACCCGCGCAACGCAUCUCUGGCCAAGGAGAAGAUGGAGGAGACGGUGGCGCAGGUGAGCGAGCUCAAGGGGGCGAUUUGA